AUGUUAUACGUAUUCACAUGUGGUAUAUGUAUGUAUUUGUGCGGUUCUAUUUUCAUUGAUAGAAAUAAUCCCAAGGAAGCAUAUGAGCAGUUAGAAACGAAGUCGAAGAAAGCUUUUAAAAAUAAGACGAAGAUAUUUAUUUUUCCUGAAGGUACGAGAAAUAGAGAUUUAACAAAACUGUUGAGAUUCAAAAAAGGCGCCUUUGCAAUAGCUGUAGCGUCUCAAGUACCAAUCAUUCCAGUUGUUUUCUCGCCAUACUAUUUUAUAAAUAAUGAAAAACAAAUAUUUAACAAAGGUCAUGUGAUUAUACAGUGCUUAGAGGCAGUACCGACGCAAGGUUUGACAAUGGAUGAUCUACCAGAUCUGAUGGACCGCAUUUAUAAUAUUAUGGACCGCACUUACAAAGAGUUGUUAUUGGAAGUUAAAAGUACUUUGCCUCCAAACUACCCAAUAGCGCUACCGGACUCAGACCAUACUGAU